CGUGAUUGAUCUACUUAAUCAUAUUACCCAGAUGCCCAGUGCAGCGUGACGCUGAACGGCAGUCGACGUGUAUUGGGGAGUGAAGUACAGAACAAUAUUGGAGUCUAGGCUCGGAGACGUCUCACGUAUGGAAGGAGUAAACCGGUAGUGUAAGUGGUGACGCUGUCUCCCGUACCCAAACAUAAGGUUUUUCAUACGGCGAGAGGCGUGCGUAAUGUUCCAGGGCUUUUGGACCGGUUCGCCGAAGCUUGAGCCAAGCGAGUCCUGGUGUGACGGUUGUAACUGUGGUUGAGGCAAGCUUUGGGCCGUACGACUCUCGGCCUCCAUGUCACACUGGAGUUCUUUUCCAUUCGGGAAUAUGAACAGGAACUUCAGGUCAGAAUAAUCGUUCACUCCUCCGUACUGCCACUCCCCUGCAAACAUACUAUUUUCUAACCACUCCCCAGGCCCUUGACGGUGUGUUUCCAAGAUCGCAGGAACGGCUUUUCCUGAUGCGUUUCAAGUUUCCAAUGCUGUCACUCGCUUAGGUUCGCACUGGUUAGUCUUGUACUGAUUUGCAGCUGCAGCCCCAGCAGGAUGUUCGCAGCGGUGGAGCAGGGUUCGGUGCUGUGCAGCGAUUCCAAUAUUCUCUGCAUGUCCUGGAAGGGCCGCGUGCCCAAGAGUGAGAAGGAAAAGCCUGUUUGUCGCCGACGGUGCUACGAGGAAGGCUGGUUAGCAAUUGGUAAUGGCAGAGGGGUGGUCGGCGUGACUUUCACUGCUAGUCACUGCAAGAGGGAGCGCAAUGCCCCGCAGAGGAUCAACUUUAACCUGCGAGGCCACAACAGCGAGGUGGUACUUGUGCGAUGGAAUGAGCCAUUUCAGAAACUUGCAACUUGUGAUGCUGAUGGAGGAAUUUUUGUGUGGAUUCAGUAUGAAGGGAGGUGGUCAGUUGAGUUGGUCAAUGACCGUGGAGCACAGGUCAGUGACUUUACCUGGAGCCAUGAUGGUACACAGGCACUAAUUUCUUACCGAGAUGGUUUUGUGCUGGUUGGAUCUGUCAGUGGGCAGCGACAUUGGUCUUCUGAGAUUAAUUUGGAUAGCCAGAUUACUUGUGGAAUAUGGACACCUGAUGAUCAACAGGUGCUGUUUGGUACAGCUGAUGGACAAGUAAUAGUGAUGGACUGCCAUGGACGUAUGCUGGCUCAUGUAUUGCUUCAUGAAUCCGAUGGGAUCCUGGGAAUGUCUUGGAAUUAUCCCAGUUUUCUUGUGGAGGACAGUAGUGAAAGUGACACAGACUCUGAUGAUUACUCACCACCACAAGAUGGCCCAACAAUAUACCCCAUACCACUUCAGAAUUGCAAGCCACUGCUGACCGUUAGCUUCACAUCUGGGGAUAUUAGCAUGAUGAACAGCUAUGAUGAUUUAUCACCCACAGUGAUCCACUCAGGUUUAAAAGAUGCAGUCGUACAGUGGAGCAGCCAGGGGAACUUACUCGCUGUAGCAGGCAUGGAGAAGCAGAGUCAAACUUACGAGUCAGGAAGUCUUCCAGUAGUGAAAAAUGCUGCAGUUAAAUUCUAUAAUAGUCAUGGAGAACACAUUUACACACUGGAAAGUCCCACUCAGCGCCUCAUUACAGCCAUCUGCUGGGGUCACCGUGACUCACGUUUGUUCCUUGCUUCUGGACCUGCACUAUAUGUUGUUCGAGUGGAGCAUAGGAUUGCCAACCUGCAAUUAUUAUGUCAACAGGCUCUAGCUGUUUCUCUCCGUGAUGAAAAAGACUUCAGUAAAUUAACACUACCACCUCGCCUUUGCUCGUAUGUCACUGCUGCUUUUGUAUCAACAAUUAAGCCGCCCAUCCCAGACCCAAAUAAUAUGCGGGAUUUUGUCAGUUACCCGACUGCAGGAAAUGAAAGACUGCAUUGCACCAUGAAGCGUACAGAAGAUGACCCAGAGGUAGGGGGCCCAUGCUACACCCUGUACCUGGAAUACUUGGGUGGACUAGUGCCAGUUUUAAAAGGGAGGCGAAUCAGCAAGCUUCGACCAGAAUUUGUCAUACUGGACCCCAAAACUGAUGGUAAAUCAGAUGAAAUUUGUGGGACCAAUCUGAUGUCAGCAAUGACUGAAAGUUGUAACUGCUCUGACUCCAGUGAUCUAGAACUAAGUGAUGACUGGAUUGGCAAGAAAUCUCCAAAGGUAUCUCGGGCUAGCAAAUCCCCCAAAUUGCCCAGAAUUAAUCUCGAUUCUAGAAAAUCACCCAAACUUUCUCGACCUAGUCAGGAGAUAUCAAAGUCUCCACGAUUACCAAUUAGGAGACCUUCUAUCGGAUCCCCAAGCUUAACUCGGAAAGAAUUUCCUUUAGAAGAUGUCACUCAGCACAACUAUCUUGCUCAAGUCACAUCUAACAUCUGGGGAACAAAGUUCAAGAUUGUGGGACUGGCUCCAUUUCUACCAAGUAAUCUGGGUGCAGUCAUCUACAAAACCAGCUUGCUCCAUCUUCAGCCCAGACAAAUGACUAUUUAUCUACCCGAAGUACGCAAACUAUCUAUGGACUUCAUCAAUAUGUCUAUAUUCAAUCCCAGUGUUUUCAGUGAAGAUGAGGAUGAUCUUGCAGUGAAUGGAACAACUGGAGUUCCAGAAAACAAUCCUCCUUGCACUGUUAACAUUCCCAUUGCACCAAUCCAUAGUUCUGCUCAAGCAAUGUCCCCUACCCAGAGUAUUGGACUAGUUCAGUCUUUACUCGCCAAUCAGAAUGUGCAACUUGAUAUUUUAACAAAUCAAACAGCUGUUGCAGGUGCAACAGAACAAGGUUUGGACAGUUCCAGCCAGUGUGAAAUUUCUAACAGGCUUUCAAAUCCAGGACAAGCAAUUUUUGGAAGUUUGGAAAUGAACCGAAUGACUGGUGGAUUACAACAGCAAUCACCGCAGCUUGCGGGGAUUGUGCAGAUUUCCAAUAUGGAGCAUGUCGAACGAGAACCUGACCACUCUCAGAAAAUCAAGUCAAUACGAACAGUGCCACAGUUGCAGGAAGGCAAUAUGAUGGCAUUUUGUACAACUCCCGAAGUGCAAUUAGCGAAUAUAAAUGCACAUCCACCUCCUCCAUAUCCAGGGACUACAGCAGCUUCUGCAGCCACUUCUACUACUACUCCACCAGUAAACAUUUGUCUGAAAAAAGCAGAUUUCUCCCUCUUUCCUACUGGACAUCUUCAAACCCCUCUAGGCUAUGAAAGAAUCACAACAUUUGAUAGCAGUGGAAAUGUCGAAGAAGUGUGUAGGCCUCGCAUGAGAAUAUCAAGCAGUCAAAAUAUGUAUACACUUCCAGGCCUGGGCCAAUCACCUUUACAGUUGCCUUCAGCAGAUGCUAAAAAGGUACAACAGGUAUAUGGCACACUAAAUAGGCUGAGUGUUGCUCACUGUGUUAUUCCGAGUGGGGAUCCACCACCUUAUCCUGAUACAAUCAAUAGAAAUCAGCAUGUUGAUAGUAACACUAUACAAGUGCCAUUGCGACGUGACAGCAAAGAUGCCAUGGCAAAGGUGUCUCAGCUGUUGGAUUCACAUAGGGUUGUUCAACAUGGCCACAAACCAAAAAACAAUUCUGUAUCUGCACAAUGCCAGCAAAACUCUCUCAGAUCUCCCCCUGCUCGCUACACUUGCACUCAGUGCAUCAACAAUGGAAGCGACAAUAGUAACAUUAUUACUAGAUCAGAACUGCCUACUGGGAUUGGCUCUCAGCUCAGCACUGUAAUUGUCCACUCAUCUAGUACAUCACCCCUCUCUUCUCAGUCAUCCUAUAAUCUGUUAAGUGCUCCAGACAACUGUCAUGAUAGAACUGAAUAUGUUAAUAAUGCUUUCAGUGAGGAUGAACCUAUUUUGCAACAUUACCAAAUUGAGAAAUCCAUUAGACAUAUUGCGUUAAAUAAUGAGAUCAACAUAAGCAUGAAGCAACCACUCCCAUAUCAGUGGGACCAUGCAGCAAGUGAGGAAAUUUGGAUUCCACAAGAACAACCAGCUCAGAUUUCUGCAACAGGGUGUCAUAAACCACCAGUUCUCAUUCUGGAGCAAUCACAUGUGGAAAUACCUCAUGUACCAAUCAUUCCUAUUAAAUCUCCUAACAGGCCAACAGUCACUUUCCAGUCGAACUUUGGAUUCACUUUACCAUAUCCAGUAAGUUACAGUGCAUCUCCUGUAGCAGCUUUUCAGGCUUCAUUUCCUUCUUCGGAAGCUCUAAUCCCACCACAAUACCCACAGCAAGACUCUCCUGUAGUUGUCCAAUCGGGUUGUCCAGCCAGCAUUGGCUGUUGCCCAUUGCCACCAAUGUAUCCAACUAAUAAUACAUUUUCUGGUUUACAGCUUUCUCCGAUUACAUUACAUCAAUGGAAUAAUUACAGUGCUUGUUCUCUAAUGCAUAGUUCACAGGGGAUGUUGAGCUCAAAAACAGACUCACUUGUUGAGAAAGCUGGAAUGCCUCCUUUUUCAUCAGAGUUUCAACACACAGGAACUGAAGCAAUUACAGAAACAGCAGAUAACUUCCAAGAAGUCCUGUCUCUGACAGAAUCUCCUGUGCCUCUGCGAACAGAUAGAUAUGACAAGAAAAGCCAUAAACGGUUGGACAACAGACCGGAGGAGGCAAAUAUGCGAGCUGUAACAGAAGGAAAAAUGAAAAAAGAGGCAAAGGCGCUUACAGACUUCAAUUCUCUCAUUUCCAGCCCUAGACUAGGAAGAGAAAAGAAAAAAAUCAAAAGCCAAAAAGACCUGAUAAAAUCCAAAAAGCUGAAUAAAAUGAGUGAGUUUCAAGACAGUUCAGAAAGUGAGCCAGAGUUAUUCAUCAGUGGAGAUGAGUUCAUGAAUCAGAGCCAGAGCACCAAAAAGGUUUGGAAAACAAAAAGAAACUUAAGGACAACAAAUGAAACUGAUGAGCUGAAAUGUCGAAGGGCAAAUGAAAAAGAGGACGGGAAGUUGGGGAAUCAAGGAUUUGUGUAUAUAAUGGCUAACAAGCAGCCACUCUGGAAUGAGGCAACACAAGUAUAUCAGUUGGACUUUGGAGGAAGAGUGACACAAGAGUCAGCAAAAAACUUCCAAAUUGAGUUGGAAGGACGACAGGUGAUGCAAUUUGGAAGGAUUGAUGGUAAUGCAUACAUCUUGGAUUUUCAGUAUCCAUUUUCUGCAGUACAAGCUUUUGCUGUUGCAUUAGCAAAUGUUACACAGCGACUGAAAUGAAUGGGAAGAACCAAAGUGCUUUCUGCAGCUGAGGAGCAAAAAUUCCAGAAUGUAUGUUAAAAGCACUGACUGAAUUGACCUGGGCGGCCACAUUGCUGCCUUUCACUUUAGAGGAUUGCAGAUCAUCCACUUAGUCUUGAAGUAACAGGAAGGCAGAAGAGCAUGCUUUUCAGAUGCAUGCUAUGAUGUUACAGUUCAGGAAGCUUGCUGUUCUGUAGACCUUUCCAUGCUUGUUUGAAUAACCCAGUAGAAUAAGUUUACCUGUUAACUAGAAGGCCUUACAUUAUGGUGUAAUUUUCUUUUUUCCUAUAACAAAUACAGAAACUUGCUUUCUUUGCAAUUUUUUUAGUAAUGGUAAUGAUACUUGAAUAACACACAGGAUUCCUGGGAACCGGAACAAUUGACUUUUGACGAUGGUAUUAGUAGUAGCUAGGUUGUGUCAAUACUGUUGAGCACUGGAAAGAACAAUUUAAUAUGCUCUUAGGUUGAAACUACAAGGAUAUCAAAAUCUUCAAAAGUGUUUCUGAGAUAGAAAGUUUUAAUAGUCAUUGUUUUGAAAUUAAUGUUUUGUGUUUCUGUUGAGCUGUUUUAGUGCUAAAUAUCAUUCCAGUUGGACAUUUUAUCAAGUCUUGUUACUUUCCGUUUUUCUCCAUUUCUAAUGAUGAGCUAAGCACACAUGUAUCCCUAAUAGCGAAUUGUUUUCCAAAUUGACAAGCAAAUUACCAAUUUUAGGUUAUAUCUGUAAAGUAGGGGGACCAAAUGUUUUUAAAUAUGCAAUGCUAGAGACUAUGCUACUGUUUCUACAUUAGAUUUUUUUUACAUUUAAUUUAGAUGGUGAUGCAGAUGUGAACUGAUGUGGAAAGUGGUACUGCUUGCUGUCAUGGGGUUUAGGUAAUUUGAAAAUGGUUAAUGUUUGUUGUGUUGCUAAGUCAUGAAUAUUUUAAAUUUAAUUUUGGAAGUAACUUCCAGCUAGCAUCAUGAGUUUGGAUUCAGUCAACUUGCUUACCAGAUGAAAUAAAAAUAGAUUUUAUAGAAAUGUAGCAUCAUUGUUAUCCUCACUCAACUUGGAUUGACAUUUUCCAUUAACAUUAGGGAUUUGUAAGCAUCAGCAAUAGUUCAAACAUUUAAAUGUUAUAUGACAGCAAAAGGCCAUUUUGUCUAUAAGAUCAAGUAUAAGUAGUCUAAUAUAAGUAGUACUUGUGCCCUAAAUGACCCUUGGCACCAUUAUGUCAUUAGACCCAAGAAACAGUAUCAGCUUGCUCCAUAAAUACAUGUCUAAAAUUUUCAUGCUCACCAUUGUUCUUUUAAAUAAGUUGUUGAUCUGAAUUCCUGAUUGGUUAUUGAGUUAUAGAGAUUCAUACAGCAUAGAAACAAGUCCUUCAGCCCAUCAUGUCUAUACCAACAACAAACACCAAGCUACACUAAUACCAUUUACCUGCAUUUGGUCUAUAGCCUACUAUGCCCUGGAAAUUUAAGUGUCAAUCCAGACUUAUCUUAAAUUUUGCAAGAGUGCCCACUUCCACCACCUUCGCAGGUAGCACUUCUCAUAUUUCUGCUACCCAGUGGAUGAAUAAACUUACCACUUCUCCCCUCUAAACCACUUGAUCUUCACCUUAAGCUUGUGACCUCUGAAUGACAGAGUCAGAGAGAUGUACAGAAAGACACCUUUCUGUCCAACUUGUCCAUGCUGACCAGAUAUCUUAGAUAAAUCUAGUCCCAUUUACCAGUAUUUAGCCCUUCUUCUUCAUUUACCGAACCAGCUGCCUUUUAAAUGUUUUAAUUGUUCCAGUCUCUACCAUUUCCUCUGGCAGCUCAUUCCAUACACGCACCACCCUCUGUGUGGAAAAAGUUGCCCCUUAGGUCCCUUUUCAAUCUUUCCUCUCUCACCUUAUACCUAUCCCUCUACUUUUGGACUUCCCAAUGCCAGUGAUUUUGUCUAUUAACCCGACUCUUACCCCUCAUGAUUUUGUAAACAUUUAUAAGGUCACUCCUCAGCCUCCAAUGCUACAGGAAAAAUGGCCCCAGCCUAUUUCAGCCUCUCCCUAUAGCUCAAACCGUCGAAUCCUGGCAACAUCCUUGUUGAUCUUUUCUGAACCCUUUUAAGCUUCACAAUAUCCUUCCUAUAGCAGGGAGAUCAGAAUUGAAUGCAGUAUUCCAAAAGUGGCCUAACUAAUGUCCUGUACAGCUGCAACAUGACCUCCCAACUCCUUUACUCAGUGCAAUGACCAAUAAAGGCAAGCAUGCCAAAUGCAUUCUUCACUAUCCUCUCUAUCUGCUACUCCACUUUCAGGGAACUAUGAAUCUGUACUCCAAGGUCUCUUUGUUCAGCAACUCUCCCCAGGAUCUUACCAUUAAGUGUGUAAGUCCCGCUCUGAUUUGCCUUUCCAAAAUGCAGCCCCUCACAUUUAUCUAAAGUAAAAUCCAUCUGCCACUCCUCAUCUCAUUGGCCCAUUGAUCUAGACCCCAUUGUACUCUGAGAGAACUGUCUUUGCUGUCCAUUACACCUCCAAUUUAGGUGUCAUCUGCAAAUUCACUAAUCAUACUGCCUAUGUUCACAUCCAAAUCAUUUAUAUGAUGACAAAAAGCAGUGGACCCAGCACAUCUGGCACACCACUAGUCAUCGGCAUCCAGUCUGAAAAGCAUGUCACACAUAUGUCUGCCACAGGGAGAAGAUUCUCACAAUCUUCUUGUCUCUGCCACUCAUAAUUUUGUAUAUCUCAGUAAGAUCAUUCCUCAGCCUCCUCUGCUCUGAGGAAGACACACCCAAUCUAUCCAGUCUCUCUCAAAAUUGAGACUUGUCACCCCAGGCUAUGUCCUGGAAAAUCUCCAUGCUGACUAUCUCUGAUCAAUCCCUGUCACUCCAAGUGUUGAUUGAUCUUGUCCCUCAGGAUUUUUUCAAAUAAUUUCCCACACUGAGGUCGGAUGAACUGGCACGUAAUUAUGUGGCAUGGUGGCUCGGUGGCUCAGCACUGCUGCCUCACAGCGCCACGGACCCGAGUUCAAUUCCACCCUCUGGUGACUGUCUGUGUGGAGUUUGCACAUUUUUUCCAUGUCUGCAUGGGUUUUCUUUGAGUGCUGUGGUUUCCUCCCACAGUCCAAAGAUAUGUAGCUUAGAUGGAAUGGCCAUGCUAAAUUGCCCAUAGUGUUCAGGGAUGUGUAGAUUAUGUGAGUUACGAGAGCAUGGGCCUAGGUGGGAUGCUCUUACAGUCGGUGUGGACUUGUUGGGCCAAGUAUUUCCACACUGUUAGGGAUUCUAUGUGAUCUAUCCCUGCUGCCCCAGUGAACAAGGGAACCACAAAGGAAUCUUUCAGUCAUCUGGCACUUCACUUGUGACCAGUAAAGUUUAAGUAUCUCACCAGGGCCUCAGCCAUCUUCACAACUGCCUCCCAUAGCCUGGGAUAUAUCUCAAAAGGCCCUGGGAAUUUAUGUACCUUUAUGCCCUCUAUUACCUCCUCUUAUUAAUCUUUGCAUUGUUCUAAAAUCACACUAUCCCAACUGAGAUCCCUGGCUACAAUGCCCUCUGCGAAUACAGAUGAGAAAUAUUCAUUUAAGAGCUUGGCUACAUCCUCUGAUUCCAUGCACAAUUUGCCCCUUUUGUCUGUAAUAGGCCCCAUUCUUUAAUGGUAGCAAGAACUGCAGAUGCUGGAGUCAGCAUGGGGCUGGAGGAACACACAGCUGGGCAGGCAGCAUCAGAGGAUCCUGACUCAAAACAUUGACUUUCCUGCUCCUCUAAUGCUGACCUGCGGUGUGUUCCUCCAGGCCGCAUUCUUUCUCUGGUAAUCCUCUUACUCUUAAUAUACCCAGCAAAUUUCUUUUUUGAACAACCUCCUAGACUCACUAUCUUUUUGAAGGCCCUUCCUGUUUUUUAAAUGUGCUAUACCUAACAUAUACUUCCUCCUUUUUCUUCACCAAGCUCUCAACAUCCCUUGACAUCCAGGGUUCCCUGGACUUGCUACCCUAGCCAUUUAUCUUCAAGGAACAUGCUGGCCCUGAAUUCUCACUUCUAAACUACUUUUAAAAUGUUCCCACUUUCCAAAUGUAGACUUAUUUACAAGUAGCUGCUCUCAUUCGGAUCCUGUCAAAUGAUAUUGAAAAUGGCCUUCCCCCAAUUUAGACACAUAACUUCUGCAUUAUCCUUAUUCCUAUCCACGAUGUUAUUGAAAUUUAAGGUUACUAUCCCCAAAAUGCUCACUCACUGAAACUUCACCCACUUGACCAGCUUCAUUUCUUAGGCUAAGGUCAAACAUUACCCCGUCUCUAGUAGGACUAUCUACAUACUGGCACAAGAAGCUCUCUUGGAUGCACUUUAAAAAUCCCACCCUAAAAGAAUACAAAUUAUAAGGAACAGUACUGCAUCAGAAGAGAGCCUUCAGUCCACCAAGACUGUCCCGACAUACAAUGUCUUUGUAGACUAAAAACCUUUGUUUGUACGAUAUCCAUAUCCCUCUUUUCCCUACCUAUUCAUUUAUCUGCUAUAGCAUCUGUCUCCACCACUUCCUCUGGCGCUGCUUUCCAAGCACUUUGCUCCCUGUGUGUAAGUAAGAAUACUUGCCUCACACAUCUUUAAGCUUACCCUCUUUUAUCUUAAACUUAUGUCCCCUAGUAAUUGACAAUUGUACCCUGGUAAAAAAGACUCUGGCUGUCCAUUCUAUCCAUGACUGUCAUAAUAUUGUAAAUUUAUAUCAGGUCGCCCCUCAAUGUUCAAGUGAAAACAAACCAAGUUCGUCUCCUCAUAGCUAAUACCCUCCAAACUAGCAACAUCCUGGUAAACUAUUUAUGUACUCUCUCCAAAAUCUCCACAUGCUUCUUGUUCUGAGGCAAUAAGCCUGUGUACAUUAUUCCAAAUGUGGCUUAACUAAUGCCCCGUAUAGCUAAAUUACAUCCCAUCAAAUUCUUUCACAUUAAGACAAUCUCAGUUGAAUAUUUGAACCACUUUGUCAUGUCUAUUCAUAUUUUCAGGAUUAAAAAAUUGAUACAAUACAGAAGAAGGCCAUUCAGCCCAUCCUGUCUGUACUAGCUCGACAAAUAAGGAUUUCACUUAGUACCAUUCUCCUGCCUUUUUUGUGACCCUUCAAUUUAUUCGUUAUCAAACGAGCAUCUAAUCCUCCUUUUGAAAACCUUAAAUGAGCAUCUCUCCACCAUUUUCUCUGUCCCUGACCACUGUUGUGUGAACACGUUUUUUUCAUAUCACUUUUACUUCUUUUAUUAAUUACACAUUUAGUGUGUGCCCUCUUGUUCUUGAUCCUUUCACAAGUGGGAAAAUUUUCUCCUUACUUACUCUGUCCAGACCUUAUUUUGAAUCUUCAAUUAUAUUUCCUCUCAGCUUUCUCUUACCAAGGAAAACAGUGUUAACUUCUGCAGUCUUCAUAACUGAAAUUACUCUUCCCUUCAGCCAUUCUUGUAAACUCUCUCCAAUGCUUUCCCAUUUCUUUUAAAGUUCAGUCCCAAACUGAACACAUUAUGCCGACUGAAGCUGAGCAAUUGACUUCAAAAUUUAACAUAAUCUUGCUUUUGUAAUCCAUGCUCCUAUUAAUAAAGCGUCAUGGUAGUGUAUUCUUUAUUAAUCACUCCCUCAGCCUACCCUGCCACCUUUAAUGAUUUAUGCACACGGACAUCCAGGUUCCUCUGUCCCGCACUACCUUUAGAGUUGUUUGCUUUUCUUUAUGUUUUCACUCCAAAUUGUGUCACCUCACAGUACAUUGUAUUGAACUUUAUUUGCAAUCUAUCUUCUCACUCCACAUACCUGUCUGUCUUCAACUGAAGUUCUACACUAUCCUCUUCAUAGUUUACAAUGAUUCCAGGAUUUGUGUUAUCUGCAAAUGUUGAAAUUGUGCACUUUUCACUAAAGUCAUUAAUAUGUCAAGAAAGGCAAGAUUCCCACAAUGACCCAUGGAGAGCUCCACUGGAAAUUUUUUUCCAAGCCCAAAAGCAUCUGUUAGCCAUUACUCUCUGUUUCCUGUCGCUCAGCCAAUUUUGUAUCGAUAUUGCUACUGUCCCUUUUAUUCAAAAAACAAAGCUAAUUAGUCUAAUCCUGGUGUUCGGUGACAGACUUCAGAGAAAGAGAUUAAAUUGUGAAGGUUAACCAUGUGCAUUCACACUGCUAGAGACUAGAUGGUUUUGAUACCCAUCUGCAAGCCCUUCUUGCAUAUAAAGCUUAGACCUGAUUGACCAGUCUUUUGAGCAUUUGAGGUUUUCCCUCUGCCUGCAGCUGAACUUCAAUGCCUUUCUAAACUGUAAUCUGCAUUUCUCCUUCCGGCGCUCCCUUUCACUCAUACGUGCUACUUGGCACUCCUUCAUCUGCUCCCUACCCCAUUUUCAUUCAUGCCAGCUCGUGUCACUUCCUUCUUGCCUUCUCUGAGCUUAUAGUUCAUCUAGAGAACUAUUCUGUUAAUUGGCUGGCUGGCAGGAAUGCAAUUUUUAUGGACAAUAAGGCUGACCAAGACUGAGUGAGCCUUCACUUCUGUUGAUAUUACCCACAAGCGCAUACCUUAAAAUUUUACCUCUUGGAAACCAUAUUUCUUCUCUUGUCAAUAUUGUUUGCUAUUUCCAAGGGUAGGUUACCAUUAUCAGUUCUCAAAGGAUUCACUUUGCACCUGACUUCUUUCUGUUUCCUUAUAUAAUUCUGAAAAAAGUGUGUUGAUUUUGAUAUUCUAUGUAAUUCACUUUUAUAUUCCCUUGAUGUAGCUCUUCUUGCUUUGUCAUCAUUUGAUCUCUUUGCCAGAUUUGUGCCUUUUUAAAAUAAAAGUUAUGUUUUCA